CCGGACGGUGUUAAGAGGCGUACAGGAGGCUGAAUAACAGGAAGAGCAGCAGGAGCCACUAUGGCGGAGACGCAUAGCUUGCAAGACCUCCGGCAAGCAGCCGUCGCCUCCAAGGUUUUCGUUCAGAGAGACUACACCUCUGGUACCAUCUGCAAGUUUCAGACCAAGUUCCCCACAGAGCUGGAGAGCAGGAUUGACAAGCAGCAGUUUGAAGAGACUAUGCAGACCCUGAAUAAUCUAUUUGCAGAGGCAGAGAAGCUUGGAGGCCGGUCAUAUCUGGAAGGCUGUCUGGCCUGUCUCACUGCAUACACAAUCUUCCUCUGUAUGGAGACCCACUAUGAAAAAGUGCUGAAAAAGAUCGGCAAGUACAUCCAGGAGCAGAAUGAGAAAAUUUAUGCUCCUCUUGGGCUUCUCCUCACGGAUCCCAUAGAGAGAGGGCUCAGAGUUGUGGAGAUCACUAUUUUUGAGGAUAGAAGUAUUGGCUCAAGAUAAAACACACCACAGGAUCAUGUGUGGAACAUGAUUAUUGGCCUGCUGGACUCAAAACCUGCUUCUCCGUCUCAUGAUAACAGACCCGAUUGCGUUAAACUGUAGAUGGUGUAGGUUAUGUUUAUUUUCAGCUUAUUCCUUCAUUGGUUUUAUUUUUUAUUUUUAUAGAGGGAGAGAGUUUUAUAUAUAUAAAUAUAUUAUUAUUAUAAUAAUAAUAAUAAUAUAAGUACCUUACCCAAACUCUCCAAAUCAGCUUUCCCUCAGUUAGCAGCUCUCCAGUGUGUUAACUGAAUUAUUUUACAUUUGUGUUGUGCCAUGUUAUUUUAUAAGGAUUGUUUGGAUCUUCUGUGAUUCUUCGUUCUUGUGCUUGUUAAAACUGUUAUUCUAACAAUAAUGAAGAUGCUUCAGUUUUGUGUACAUGGAAAUAACAUGGAAACUGUAUUUAAUGAUUUUUUUUUUAGUAAUAAUCCGUUGAAUUACUUUAUCAUUGUUCCAUUUCAUAGUGCCCCCUCUACAAAAUACUGUUUUCUGUCUAUUCCAUGCAUUUUAAACACUACAUUUUACUAUAUUUACAAGUGGACUUCUGUAGUUUUAUUGGGGUCUGCGAUAUAAUCCUUAUUACACAUAAAUGCCAUAAAGACCUUAAAGCAUGGUUGCGUUUAAAAUCGCAUACCCUUCUUGUAUUUUCUAACUGCUGUCAGUUCAACUUGUUUCUUGUGUACAUCUUGUUAUCAGUGUUGUAUCAUAAUGUCUUUUGGAAAAUCUUUUGACACCUAUUUAAACUAUGUAUCGUACAAUAAAUAAGUGUUUUCAUGAACAAA